CUUUUUUGCCUAUGGAGUAUGUGGCAGCCCCAGGCCCCAAGUCAGGGGCCCCACCUCGGGCCACCAAGAAUGUUCUGCCGCGGGCCGAGACCUGGCUGCCAGGAGUCCCUGGGGGUGCCCCAACCUGGGCCACCAACCUUGAGACAGAGGUUCACUCAGAUCUAGAGCUGAGUGAGGAGCAGCAGCUGCAGGUCUGCAAGGAGCUGGUGGACCUGCAGAUCAAAACCCAUCGCCUGAAGGAGCAACACGAGGCUGAAAUCUUCGAGCUGAAGAGUGAGGUCCUGUGGCUGGAGAGCCGGGUGCUGGAGCUAGAGCUGCACGGAGAGCAGGCAGCCCCAGCAGAAGCUGAUCCGGGGCACCACCAGGCACUGGCACAGGAGCUUGGGCACAAGGCCUGGGGGCAGGGACACUCCGACCACCACAGACUCCAGGCACAGCCCAAGGACUUCCUGACCCCUGAGAACAAGCAGCAGAAGCUGGGGGAUGGUCCGCAGGGAGAAGUAAAUCGGGCGCCAGAGCAGCACAGGGCUCGGCAGCAGGCACUGGAGACACGUGUGGCAGCCCUGGGCUGGCAGCUGCAGGGAGCCCAGGAGGAGGCCAAGACAGCUGGGCAGCAACUGGCUGCACAAGCCUUGCUAUUGUCUGCCUGCCGGGGCCAGCUCCACCAGGCUGAAGCAGAGAACGCCCAGCUGCAGCUGCAACUCAAGAAGCUGAACGAGGAGUACGCCAUCCGACUGCAGCACUGCGCCCGAGCCGUGGCUGGGUAUGCAGAUGGUGCAGGCCCAAAGCCUGCAUCCACAGCCCUUCGGACAUUCCUGGAAACCACUCUGGAGGACAUUCGGGGGGCGCAUCACAGCCGUGAGCAACAGCUGGCCCGGGCUGCUCGCACCUACCGCAAGCGCCUGGCAGAUCUGAGCCGGAGGCACGAGGAGCUGCUGGCUGCCCAGAGUGUGCAACAGGUGCUGGUGGAUCCCAAUGGGGCACCCAGGACCCCCAAGGCUACCUCUGGUGCAGCCACCUCAGACAUGGAGCCGCCACCCCUGCACACGGUCACCAAAUUCGGCCACCUGAGGGAGGACCAGGCUAGGCUGGAGAAGCAGCUCCAGAAGCUCCGGGCCCAGAAAGAACCCAGUGAAGCCUCUCAGGGGGGCCCAUUAGAGCCACAGGGCCUGGAAGCUGCAUCCUGGGCCCAGAUCCGCCAGAAGCUACAGGACUUUUCCCGUGGCACCCAGGCAGAGCUAGAAAGGGAGAGAGCACAGCUUCUAGUCCGAGCCAUGAUAGCUGAGGAGCAACUUUCUGAGCUACAAGAGUACGUGGACCAGCACCUGGGCAGGUACAAGCAGGAGAUCCUGAGGCUGAGGAAGCUGGUGGGUACAGGGAACCCCUGGAAAGCGGGGGCCACACCUCCAGCCAAGCUGCAGCACCCAAGGACCUGCAGCCGUUAG